AUGAUAUUAGCUGUCCUGAAUACCUGCACCUCCAGUCUUCCAUUUGAAAUCCGUUCCUUUAAUCAGGUGAACGAAUUUCUUAGAAUCAAGCAUCGGUACCUGGAACUUCGACUGCCGAAUUUGCAGACAGUGUUGAGGCUGAGGUCAAAGUUUGUGAUGGCUGUCCGCAACUUUCUGGCAAACAAUAAUGGUUUUGUGGAAGUUGAGACACCGACCCUCUUCAGACGAACACCAGGGGGUGCAAGAGAGUUCAUAGUUCCUACACACAUUCCAGGAAAGUUCUACAGCCUUCCUCAGUCACCUCAGCAGUUUAAACAGUUAUUAAUGGUUGGAGGGUUGGAUCGGUACUUUCAAAUAGCCAAGUGUUACCGUGAUGAAGGUACUAAACCAGAUAGACAGCCUGAGUUUACACAGAUUGAUCUGGAGAUGUCAUUUGUCACUCAAGACUCUGUAAUGUCAUUAGUGGAAGAGAUGCUGAUGGUCACAUGGCCGGAGGAAUGUGGCAGUAUAUCAGUUCCAUUUCCUCGGAUGAGCUAUCACAGUGCCAUGGCAUGUUAUGGAUGUGACAAGCCGGACUUGAGGUUUGAUUGGCAGAUUGUUCAUUUAGACUCUUCAUAUGUGACACCGUGUCUCCAUGUCUUUCAACAAUAUCUAACAGCCAAAGAAGCAACAGUUCAGGUUCUGAGAAUACCACAAGCUUGUAAACACCUUUCCAACAAAGAUAUUGAAUCCCUUACACAAGAAGUACUAAAGGAGUCCUCUGGAAAUGUGGUAAGCUUUUCCAAACAUUAUAUUUUUUUCAAUAUUUCCAGAAAUUAUAUAGUAGUGAUGUAA